AUGUCGAUAUUCUCGUACGCUGUGUCUGGCUUCAUGGACUUCCGCGUUGGUAGAACGGUCCUUCCGCAGAAUUCCACGAGGAGGUUGAAUGUGACGCUCACAUAUAUAUUUAUGUGGCAAUAUAGAGCGACUGUGGUGGGGUGUAUACGCUUGUGGUUGCUUAUCUCGCCUUACCCAGAUCCCGUGGAGGGGGUUGACUGGUCAUUCUCGGUCAUCGUUGCUGCUGUUGAAGUAAACAUAGCCAUCUGUACGGCGUGUCUACUGACCUCUGAUCGCUCGGACGCCAACAGUUCCCAUGUACCUUUUCCAAGAUUGGGCUGA